AUGAAGCAUAUUCGCUGUUCAGGAACACCAUAUGAAAUUGGUAAGCAACAUGGUCAAGAAGCAAAAGAUCAAGUCAAUGGCAGCAUAGACUUCUACUCGGCGUUUUUCAAGUCGCGCACCAAGCUCUCUUGGCCGGAGGUGCGUGAUGUCGCAAGAGGAUUUCUCCCCUUCUUGGAGUCUUCUUUUCCAGAAUAUAUAGAGGAGAUGAAAGGCGUAGCCGAUGGGUCUGAAAAUGACCUGGAAUCUAUCGUCGCCCUGAACGUGCGCACUGAAAUUGCAUACGGUAUGCUGAGCGAUGGAUGCACCGCUCUGUCUUGGAAGACGUCAGAUUCGAGCUUUCUGGCCCAAAACUGGGACUGGAAUUUCGAGCAAACUCCCAAUAUCAUAAGCUUGCAUAUCGAACAGGGAACCAAGCCGACUAUUCACAUGAUGACCGAAGCCGGCCUCAUUGGGAAAAUCGGGUUGAAUUCGGCUGGCGUCGGUGUCACUCUUAACGCCAUUCAAGCUCCAGGGGUCACAUACAACAAGAUCCCAUGCCAUCUUGCACUUCGAACGGUGCUAAACAGUUCUUCUAGAGCGGAGGCGGAGAAUAGUCUCCGGAAGCUGGGGGUUGCUUCAGCCUGUCACAUCACAAUUGCAGAUGCUUCCACUGGGGCGAAUGGAUUCGAAUGCACGGCCCUGGAUAUCGUCGAGAUGCCGCAAAAUGCAGAUGGGAUUUGCACUCACUCAAACCAUCUGGUGGAGAAACACCAGGUGGAAGGGACAAUCUUUUUAAAUGAUUCACCCACCCGGUUGGAUCGAAUUCAAGAGUUGAUCAAGGAGAUGGGAAACCCGUCAUUUCAUGACAUCAGCGAAGCUCUGAAAGAUGAGCAGAAUUUCCCCACGGCAAUAAAUAGAGCCGUAGGGGAAAAGAGUACCAGCCAGACAUUGUUCUCUAUUAUUAUGGAACUCCAAGCAUGUUCCGCGAGGGUCAAAAUGGGCCGACCCACGGAAGACGGAGAAGUGUUUGAACUGAAGCCAUGA